CAUGUUGGUCGGCGUAGGGUGAAGCGCCUAGUGAUAUAUUUGCAGUAGUGCUGUACGUAGAAGUAUGAGGAUGAUAUUAAUGCUCAGUGGCGGCAAGCUUGGAUAGCUUGCGCGUCUCAGCUGGGAUCGAGGUGUUGUGGAUCUCAUGCUUGUUAUGGCGUGUGCGCAUUUCUUCUGCGUUGCCUUGCCCUUUCCGAGAUAUCAGUGUAAUUUGCAUGGUCAGGCAUAUAUUGUGUUCGUGGCACGCGCGGAUCGAGUGUUGUGUUUUGCUGAUGCUAGGCACCAGAAUGCAGAUGGGACACAAAGCAUGGCUGGUCUCACUCAUUAUUAUGUCUGGAAUGUCCUGGGCGUCACAUUGAUGCUGACGCUCUGUAUAUUAGGGCCCCAGCUACAAUCUCAGUGCUCUGCACCUAAGGAAUGCCUUGAAAUCACCGCAUCAUUCCCAUUAUCGUUCAAUCCCACCAGAUACCUGCCAGUGAGAUUUGUUAUGGAUCACUCGUUGCUAUGUUCUGGAAACCAAGAGACAACAUCUGCUUGUCCGCAAUGAUGAUGCCGUCAUCCACCUCAUGUAUAAAGUUGCGGCUCGCCCAUCAGUAAUCGUUGCUCUCAUUACCACCCCCAUCGCAUCUGCCUCCCACUUGGUUAUCACAGUCAUUCGUUUCAAGCCUCACGGCUCUC